AUGCUCACCCUCUCCCCCCUCCACCGCCCCCCCCCCCGGCAGCCCAAGAAGAAGCCCCGCAGCUCAUCCGCCCAGAGGAGAGGGGAGGAGGAGGAGGAGGGCAGAGGAGACGCGGCCUCGAUCCAGAUUUUCCCUCCAGAGUUGCUGUGCUACAUCAUUUCCUUCUUGCCAGUGAAGGACAUGGUCGCCCUGGGCCAGACCUGCCGGUACUUCUAUGAAGUGUGCGACAGUGAGGGAGCGUGGCAGAAGAUUUGUCGUCGCCUGUCCCCUCGGCUGCGGGAUGAGAACUUGAAUGGUAGCCGGCCCUGGAAGCGAUCGGCCAUCCUCAACUACACCAAGGGCUUGUACUUCCAGAUGUUUAGCGGCCGCCGGCACGUCGUCAGCAAGACAGUCGCCCCGCUGCUCUCACAUGGCUACCGGAAGUUCUUGCCCACCAAGGACCACGUCUUCAUCCUCGACUACAGUGGCACGCUCUUCUUCCUCAAGAACGCCCUGGUCUCCUCCUCCAUGGGACACAUCCAGUGGCGCCGUGCCUGCCGCUACAUGGUGCUGUGCCGCAGUGCCAAGGAUUUUGCCACAGACCCCCGGAGUGACACUGUGUACCGCAAAUACCUGUACGUGCUGGCAACCCGGGAACAGCCGGUCACCACAGCGAUGGGGCGCAGUGAGGCCCCUGGAACAGCCACCAGCAGCCGCCUCUGUGACUGCGUGGAGGUCUAUCUGCAAUCCAGCGGGCAACGAGUGUUCAAGAUGACUUUCCACUUUUCCAUGAAGUUCAGGCAGAUAGUGCUGGUGGGGCAGGAGACUGAGAGGUCCCUCUUGCUUCUGACAGAGGAAGGGAAGAUCUACAGUUUGGUGGUGAACGAGACGCAGCUAGACCAGCCACGCUCCUACACUGUGCAGCUGGCGCUGCGUAAAGUCUCCAAGUGCCUCCCCCACGUCUCCAUCCGCAAUAUGCAUUCAAACCAAAGCAGUGCUGUCUACCUCACAGGUGAAGGUGCCGUGUACUUGGAGGUCCACUCACCUGGUGUGUACCGUGAUCUCUUUGGCACCCUCCAUGCUUUCGACCCGCUGGAUCAACAGAUGCCCCUCGCCCUCUCUCUCCCAGCCAAGGUGCUCACCUGUGCCCUUGGCUACAACCACCUGGGGCUAGUGGAUGAGUUUGGGAGGAUCUUCAUGCAAGGUAAUAACCGCUACGGUCAGCUUGGCACAGGAGACAAGAUUGACCGUGGGGAGCCUGCUCAGGUUCACUACCUGAAGUGUCCCGUGGACCUCUGGUGUGGACUCAACCACACGCUGGUGCUGAGCCACAGCGGAGACCUUGGGAAGGACCUCAUGGGCUGUGGCUGUGGUGCUGGAGGGCGCCUUCCUGGGUGGCCAAAAGGCAGUGCCUCUUUUGUCCGGCUGCACAUCAAGGUGCCUCCGUGCGUCCGCCGGAUCUGCUCCACCCGGGAGUGCCUCUACAUGCUGUCUAGCCAUGACAUUGAGGAAAUGCCUGCCUAUCGUGAGCUGCCCGCCAGCAAGGCAGGAGUGCCUGCCAGUGACGCAGAGGCCAUGGCUGCCCGGGCAUGCGAGGAGUACCUGAGCCAACUGCACAAGUGCCCCACACUCGCGGGGCGCAUGGCCAAGAUGAAGGAAGCUGUCGGCAGCAUGCCCCUCAUGACAUUCCAGAAGGAUUUUUUCUGGGAGGCUUUGGACAUGAUCCAGCGGGCAGCUGAGCUCCCAGAGCCCCCUGCUUCCAGCUAGCCCAUGGAUUGUUCCCCACUCCCCUUGUCCCUUUUCCCCACCCCUGUACAUAUCAUGGAUCAUGUUUACAGAUAGAGACGACUUCAGAAGGAACCACUGGGAAUAAAUAAAGCACAAGCAGAGAUCUCGGGCAGCCUCCACUGGACCACACGGGGGUAAGUGGCAAACAGCAACCCUGGGACAGCAGACGGUUGGCAUGUGAUGGAGGAGGAAGGGUUCCCCUGCAGAACUGGCACGGGGGGCCUCCCCGCCUCCCCAUCACUGGCACACCUUUUCUGGAGUCCCUUCAGCCAGUUAAUUAUUAACAGCCGGGAGAAGAAAGGUAUCGGCACGGUCUCUCCCUCCCUCCCUGCCCCCUCCCUCAGUGAGUGCUGAUGCGAGUCUAGCAUCUGGGAGGCCCCGGUUCAAAUCCCGCUCUGCCCGCUGGCUGGCCUUGGCCCAGCCACACUCGGCCUAGCCCCUCUCACAGGGUUGUGGAGAGAACGGAGGGGAGGGGAGGGGAGCAUUGUGAGCCGCUGCCUGUCUCCACCGGGGAGAAACGCAGCACAUAAAAGAAGCACAUCAACCAUCUUCCUCCUUCAGAGAGGGCAGCCCUCGGAGGGAUGGACGGUUCAUAGGUCAGUUUCCGGCCAGCAGAGUGGGGGAGGGGACUGUUUGCAGCAGCAGCAGCUGCUCAACGCGUGCUUGCGUUCUCCGCUUAAAAGGCCUGCCGCUGCGCCACGUCUCUAAGAGCGAGGACAAAGGCCCUGCGAGAACUGCCCUCUGAUCCCAGUGCCCAAGGGCCCGGCAGGCACUUCUGGACAGCUGGCAGUUUUGAGGGUUCAAAGUUCCCAGCAUUCACUGGGGGAGGGGACGGGGAGCGUGGAGCAGGAGGGGACGGGCGUGAGGCUGUGGCCCCAGAAGCACCCGCAGGCUGCAGAGCAGCUGCUUGAAGUGGAGCCCGUCUUCUGCAAGGGACAGGCACAGGCGAGGGACCAAACGAAGCCCCAGAGACCCGGCUCUUACCUGCUCCCCCGUUUCCACGGGUUGUGCUCUUCUUCCAAGUGGCUCUUGGGCAUUGCUGGGCUAGAAUUUAAUGGCAUUUAUUGCAUUUCUAGCCCGCCCACCCCACGGGUGAGCUCAGGGUGGGUAACAACAUUAAUAAUAUUACAGUAUCACAACCUAGAGAAACCAGAGAAGCCAGUCUGGGCAUGACGAACCAUUGAUCAAUUCACGGGCAUACGGGGCUGAGCUUGGCUAGUUCCAGCACCUCCCGCCCGGAACCAGAUUGCCGUUUUGCCUGGAAGUCUUUGGGGCGGAAUGUUUUGAUUUUGGGAACUGGAGGGGCUGGGGCUGGAGCAGGGCAGGUGAGGACCACGGCUUCUGGCUGGGCCACC